GUUCUGAUGUGGUUUGGGAGACAAAACCCAAGAAGAAGUCAAGAUGGAGACCAAUGAGUGUUAAGCAAACUGAUAAAUUAGAGCAAGAGUUCAAAGAAUACAGUGAGCUAACUCCUUCCGAAAACAAGAUUGUUGAAUUGGAGUCAAAUGUUUUGGUAUGUUUAACACCUAAUGGAAUGAACAUGAAAAUUCAACAACCGAAUGAGAUUCCUAUCAGAAGGAAUUAUCUGCCAGCCUUAAAAGUAGAAUACAGUUCAUCUGCACAUCAGAAGUCUUUCAGAAUUCAAAUAUACAGGAUGCAGAUACAAAACCAGAUUCCUGGAGCCAUAUUUCCCUUUGUGUUCUAUCCUAUUAAACCUCCAAAGUCCAUCACCUUGGAUUCAGCACCAAAACCAUUUACUGAUGUCAGUAUAGUCAUGAGAACUGCAGGACAUUCACAAAUAUCUCAUAUUAAAUAUUUCAAGGUCCUGAUUCAAGAGAUGGAUCUCAGAUUAGAUCUUGGCUUCCUAUAUGCUCUGUCUGAAUUCUUUACACAGACUGAUGUUCCAAGUGACCAAGAGCUAGAACUUUUCAAAAAGGAUGUUGAAUCUCUUCAAGAAGAACUGAUGAGCGUGUCAUCAAUGGAUACAUCACAGAUUAGCUUGUAUGAAUAUUUUCAUAUCUCUCCAAUUAAGUUGCACCUAAGCUUUUCAGUCAGUACGGGUGGAGAAGAUAGUAACAAAGAAGAAAGAAAGAAUGAAUUGAUACCACUUCAGUCCUUAAAUCUCCUGCUACAGAGUAUAGGAGCCACCCUCACAGAUGUACAAGAUGUUGUCUUCAAGUUGGCAUUUUUUGAACUCAGCUAUCACUUCUGUACUACACAACAGCUCCAAUCAGCAGUUAUAAGGCAUUAUUCAAAACAGGCUAUUAAACAGAUGUAUGUUCUUAUUCUUGGCCUUGAUGUCUUGGGUAAUCCAUUUGGAUUCAUAAGGGGCUUGUCUGAAGGAGUAGAAGCAUUCUUCUAUGAACCUUACCAGGGAGCCAUCCAGGGUCCUGAAGAAUUUAUAGAAGGAAUGGCACUAGGACUUAAAGCACUAGUAGGGGGAGCUGUUGGUGGAUUAGCAGGUGCUGCAUCAAGAAUCACUGGUGCUAUGGCAAAAGGUGUAGCUGCAAUAACUAUGGAUGAGGAUUACCAGCAGAAAAGGAGAGAAGCCAUGAAUAAACAACCCACUGGUCUGAGAGAGGGUAUCACUCGUGGUGGAAAAGGAUUAGUUUCUGGUUUUGUCAGUGGCAUAACAGGAAUAGUUACAAAACCAAUAAGAGGAGCUCAGAAAGAAGGAGCAGCUGGUUUUUUCAAAGGUGUUGGAAAAGGCUUAGUGGGAGCAGUAGCUAGGCCAACCGGAGGAAUCAUAGACAUGGCAAGCAGCACAUUUCAGGGUAUUAAAAAAGUUGCAGAUUCAUCAGAAGAUGUGGUAAGCCUGCGUCCACCUCGCUUCUUUGGUGAAGAUGGUGUUAUUAGACCUUACAGAUUAAGAGAUGGAACUGGAAGUCAAAUGUUACAGAAAAUUGAAAACGGAAGAUUUGCAAAACUAAGAUAUAUUGCACAUGCUAUGGUCAACAGUACAGAUCUGUUAAUGGUAACAAAAAGUGGUGUGCUAUUUGUGACAAAAGGGACAUUUGGACAGCUGACAUGUGAAUGGCAAUACACUUACGAUGAAUUUACCAAAGAACCAUUCAUCGUUGAUGGCAGAAGAUUACGCAUUGAAGCCAAGGAACGAGUUAAGUCUGUGUUCCACGCCAAAGAAUUUGGAAAAAUUAUUAAUUUUAAAAGUCCAGAGGAUGCUAAGUGGAUCCUUUCUAAACUGGAAGAAGUGAGAGAGAAUCAGCCAAAAUUGUAA